AGGUACCCGGGCAGGUUCCAAUAGCAUCAUAAGUGAAAGACAGUGCGUCACAAUACAGAAGAGUAUAAAUUGUGCGAGACAAAAUUUUGUUCACUCAUUCUGCAUUUGACAGCGAACGAGUAGGCCACAAGCACGAGCGAAAGACUUUUAAGACUUGAUAUCUUCUACGAUUGAUUCUCUUCUCAGGUGUGGAGAGAGAUGCUAGGGGAUGUGGAGGAAGGUGUCUGCAGGCAGGACGAUAAGUCUGUCCAGCCACCCAUGGAUCCCCAGGAGCCCAUUGGCUGCUGGGAGCAUUUCCAUGGCAUCUUUGGCUUGGGGUGGAGGAGGAGGCAAGCCAGAGAACUCCGCCAGCUGAGAGAGCAGGUGAGGCUGUGGCAGCUCAGAGAGAAGGAGGAGAGUGUGGAGGAGCUGAGAAAAGAGCUCAGGACAGUCAGAAAGAAAGCAGAGACCCUGGAAAAGCUGCUGAAAGGCAAAGAGGAAGAAAUGAGGUGGCGCCAAGAAAAGAAUGCAGAAAUGCGGAAAGAACAGCAAAUAGAGAUCCAGAGAAUGCACCAGCUGGCCUUGAAGUGGGAGAAGGAGGUGCGGGAGCUAAAGGAGAAGAUCUUCAUAUUGGAGGACGUAUUACGAGAGCAAAUGGAAAAGCGCGAUGAAACAAGAGAGGCCAUCAAGCAAGGGGAAGCUGAGAGACUGGCUGAGCUGGAGAGGGUGAGGCAGGUGAAGAGUGAGGAGAUGAGGCGGAGGAGAGAGGCUGUGAAGCAGAGGGAAGCGGAGAGACUGGCUGGGCUGGAGAGAGAGUUGGAGGUCAAGAGAAGGGAGAUGAGCCACAGGAGACAGGCUGUGAAGCAGAGCGAAGCUGAGAGGCAAGCCAAGCUGGAGAGAGAGUGGGAGGCCAAGAGAAGGAGGCCAUGAGCACACACACACACACACACACACACACACACACACACACACACACACACACACACACACACACACACACACGGACACUGUAACACUAAAACAUGCUUGCAUGUUUGGGACAUUGGUGCAAUAAAUAAAUACACACACACACACACACACACACACACACACACACACACACACACACAC